AUGCGCCCCGCCAACACCAACGAUCAUCUUUCCACCGUGUUCACUCAACGUAGACCGCACCUGCGUAGCAUCGCUCAGAUUCGGAAAAAUCCUUUCAUUAUGGCUGAUCCGCUCUCUAUCGCAUCUGGAGUUGCCGGGUUGCUAUCAUUGGGUAUCCAAGUUACCAAAUCUCUAGUUGAUUUUUACUCCGCAUACAAGGAUCAGACUCCUGCUCUGGCCAAGAUCACGCUGAAUCUUGAGAACCUUCUCGGUAUCCUCAGGGCCCUUGAUGGCGCACGACAAAAUGGCCAACCUCAGACGGAUGCCCUAAUCCAAGAGAUCGACAAGGCGGCAGCGGGAUGCCGUGAGAUCCUUGAGGAACUGAGGGAGGAAUGUCAGAAAUUCCAAAAAGAUACCGCUCUGGGUCUGAGAGCCCGAAUACAACUUUCCGGGCGUCGGGCAACUUAUCCAUUUAGGGAAAGUACUCUGAAGAAGCUUGAAGAGGACAUCGGCGAGAUACGGGGAAACUUGUCCCUUGCAUUAAAUGUGCUACAGCUUAGGAACCAGACUGGGCUUGAAGAUGGGAUAUCCGAACUGAAAUUACUCGUCGAACGGAUAAAUACGAUUCACAUCUCUACUACGAUUCGUGAUUGGCUCGAGGCCCCAGAUGCGAACAUCGAGCACAAUGCUGCGUGCGAGAAACGCCAUACAAGUACAGGACUAUGGUUGGUCAACGGCCAGAAAUUCCAGAACUGGCUGGUUGAGCGCAAUUCAUUUCUCUGGAUCAAUGGCUUCGCCGGGUGUGGCAAGUCAGUCCUAUGCUCGACAGCAAUUCAAUAUACAGUCCGUGAGAGGCAACACCAGCCUAGUGUAGGAAUCGGAUUUUUCUACUUUUCCUUCAAUGAUGAGUCUAAGAGGGAUUGUUCCGGCAUGUUACGCGCAUUGUUAUUGCAACUAUCGGCUCAACUUGAAGGGGGCGAAAAAGAUCUACAAGAACUACAUAAGUUGUAUAAGUCGGGUACUCCGCCAGUGGCAGCGCUACUUAACUCCCUUCGACAGACUAUCUGUAGGUUCAACGACACCUACAUUUUGUUGGACGCAUUAGAUGAGUGCCCCCGAUACGAUAAAAGAGAGGGCGUUUUAGGUGCGGUAGAGACGAUCCGGCAAUGGGACCUGCCCACCCUACACCUCCUAGUGACCAGCCGCAACGAAAUUGACAUCCGCCAUUCUCUGGAAACCCCAUCCUCCCAGGAUAUUUCAAUGAAGAAUCCGGACACGGAUACAGACAUCCAAAACUUCAUUUCCUACCAGCUCAGCAAUGACCCCAAGCUUCGACAAUGGGAAUCACGGCACGAAGAGAUCCAAGAGAAACUGACGAGUAAGGCGCAGGGAGUAUAUGUCGAAUGUCAACUCCUUGCCCUAAAACGGACCCGGAUCCGAAACCAGCUCGAUAAAUGUUUGCGUUCUUUGCCUCGUGAUCUCGAUGAGACAUAUGAGCGAAUGCUGUGCAGCAUCGACCCAGAAGACAUCGCAGAAGCACGGCUGGUAUUAACUUUACUUUGCGUGUCUAAUCGGCCACUCACCGUGAAGGAGCUUAUCGGCGCCCUUGCUAUUGAUGUUAGCAAGAUGCAAUUAGAUCGUGAGGGUCGAUCAUUUAGCGAAGAUGAUCUUCUCGACAUCUGUCUUGGUCUUAUAGAGCUCGCAGUUGUUGAAGACAAGGACUUUGGAGAAGCUACUACGAUCGCUCGUAUAGCGCACUUUUCUGUACAGGAGUAUCUUGAAUCAGAUCGAAUUUCCCAACAAGGUGCAGCAAAAUUCGCCAUUGGAAAAGAACCGGCCCACACAGAGAUGGCUCAAAUUUGCCUCGUUUACCUCCUAGACCCAACGCUCUCGAAUGGAGAAUUUAAUGAAGCAAAGCUGGAGAUGUUUCCUUUGGCUCACUUUGCCGCUAUGCAAUGGUUCCGUUUUUACAACAAUUCUGGGAAGGGGAAGUCUGACAUUGAACCCUUAGUCUUGAGGCUAUUCAAAGACCAGCCAGAGUCAUUUCUGGCAUGGGUACAGGUGUAUGAUAUUGACCGUCUAUUGGACGGAAAAUAUGUUGGUCGUCUGAUGCGCCACAACUUUAACCGUGCUACCGAGGAUAUCCCGUCGCCGUUAUACUACGCAAUCCUUUUGAGAUUGGAGCACGUCUUCACUGCCCUCAUAGCGAGCUUGGGGGAGGAGAUCACAAUAGAUGCCGCUUUAAAUACUCACAAGUCGGUGCAUGAGAAGGUGGCGGAAACCCUGCUAGAUCAUGGUGUCGGCGUCAAUGCUCAAGGGGGUGUCUAUGGCAACGCGCUCCAAGCUGCAUCAUGCGGAUUAUUUGGCGACUCGGUCCAGGAGGAAUACUAUAAAAGGGCGGUGGAUGAGAGGAUGGUGCACACCCUGCUAGAUCAUGGUGCCGAUGCCAAUGCUCAAGGGGGUGUCUAUGGCAACGCGCUCCAGGCCGCAUCAUACGUGGGCCGUGAGAAGGCGGUGCGGACCCUGCUAGAUCAUGGUGCCGAUGUCAAUUCUCAAGGCGGUCAUUAUGGCAGUGCGCUCCAGGCCGCAUCAUUUCAAGGCCAUAAGAAGGUGGUGCAGAUCCUGCUAGAUCGAGGUGCCGAUGUCAAUUCUCAAGGGGGUCAUUUUGGCAGUGCGCUCCAGGCCGCAUCAUAUGCAGGCCAUGAGAAGGUGGUGCAGAUCAUACUAGAUCAUGGUGCCGGCGUCAAUGCUCAAGGAGGUUUCUAUGGCAAUCCGCUCCAGGCCGCAUCAUAUGCAGGCCAUGAGAAGGUGGUGCAGAUCCUACUAGAUCAUGGUGCCGACGUCAAUGCUCAAGGUGGUGGGUUGGGCAACGUGCUCCAGGCCGCAUCAUACGUGGGCCGUGAGAAGGUGGUGCAGAUCCUACUAGAUCAUGGUGCCGACGUCAAUGCUCAAGGUGGUGAAUAUGGCAACGCGCUCCAGGCCGCAUCAUUUCAAGGCCAUAAGAAGGUGGUGCAGAUCCUACUAGAUCAUGGUGCCGACGUCAAUGCUCAAGGUGGUGAAUUGCGCAAUGCGCUCCAGGCCGCAUUAUAUGCAGGCCAUGAGAAGGUGGUGCAGAUCCUAGUAGAGCACGGUGCCGACGUCAAUGCUCAAGGAGAUUUCUAUGGCAAUGCGCUCCAGGCCGCAUCAUUUACCGGCCGUGAGAAGGUGGUGCAGAUCCUACUAGAGCAUGGUGCCGACGUCAAUGCUCAAGGAGGUUUCUAUGGCAACGCCCUCCAGGCCGCAUCAUGUAUGGGCCGUGAGAAGGUGGUGCAGAUCCUACUAGAUCAUGGUGCCGACGUCAAUGCUCAAGGUGGUGAAUAUGGCAACGCCCUCCAGGCCGCAUUACAGGAAGGCCGAGAGAAGGUGGUGCAGAUCCUGCUGGAUAACGGUGCUGAAGCUGAACCCACUGUUUCAAAUCGUGAAUUAUAA